UCUGGCGCCAGCUACGCCACUGCCGCUGUCACUAUGGCCCAUUACAAAGUCGUCGACUCGAAGCGUGAGCAGUUCCAGAGGUACUUGGGGAAGUCGGGGGUGCUGGACACGCUGACCAAGGUGUUGGUAGCCUUAUAUGAAGAACCAGAGAAACCUAACAGUGCUUUGGAUUUUUUAAAGCAUCACUUAGAAGCUGCUACCCCAGAUAAUCCAGAAAUAGAGCUGCUUCACCUAGAACUGACCGAAAUGAAAGAGAAAUCUGGGCCGGAGAAAUCUGAAGCUAUUGUAGAAGAAAAUAAAACCUGA